GACACGGUUAAAACAGCAGGCUAUCUAUAAUUGUUGACAUGAUAGACUGCGAAGUCCAUUGCUCACCAGUGGACCAUGUUUUAGAAAUCUCCUGCAAGGGCUUCAUGGAUGCCGUUAUUUGUUAGCGCAGAGGCAAAUCAUUUGAUUUCAAAUUUCAAUAUAUUCGAAUUCCCACCCCAAGACAGUGCUCAACGACACGACAAGCUGUUUCCAGGAAUUCGCCUCUCGUUCUCAGGGUCCUUCAUCAGUUCAUUUUGCCAAGAUAAUGGGGGAGCAGCCGAUCUACAGCACGCGCGCCCACGUCUUCCAGAUCGACCCCAGCACCAAGAAGAACUGGGUGCCCACCAGUAAGCACGCGGUCACCGUCUCCUACUUCUACGACAGCACCAGGAACGUCUACAGAAUCAUCAGCCUGGAUGGCACUAAGGCAAUAAUAAACAGCACUAUCACCCCGAACAUGACUUUCACCAAGACGUCGCAGAAGUUUGGCCAGUGGGCCGACAGCCGCGCCAACACAGUGUACGGUCUGGGCUUCUCCUCGGAGCGCCACCUGACAAAGUUCGCAGACAAAUUUGCCGAGUAUAAGGAAGCAGCCCGACUAGCUAAGGAGAAGUCCUUGGAGAAGAUGGAGUUGGCCAGCUCGCCCUCUCAGGAAUCAGCGCCGGGAGAAAUACAGUCACCUCUGACCCCUGAGAGCGUGAACGGCACCGGCGAUGACGCGGCCAUGUCGCCCCAGGACGUCCCCACCCCCAUCACCGAGUCACUGCCAGAGCCGUUACCGAUCACACAGUCUUUCACACACAGCCCCACAAUCACCAAGCACUGGGAGGCAGAGCUGGCAGCGCUGAAAGGCAACAAUGCCAAGCUGACGGCCGCCCUCCUCGAAUCCACAGCCAACGUCAAGCAGUGGAAACAACAGCUGGCAGCUUAUCAGGAGGAGGCCGAGAGGCUUCACAAAAGGGUGACAGAACUGGAGUGUAUGAGCGGCCAGACCAAUGUGAUCAAAUCCCAGAAGACUGAGCUAAAUCAAACAAUAGAGGAGCUGGAGUCUGCUCUAAAGGCUAAAGAAGAGGAAAUUGAAAGAUUGAAAGAGGAAGUCGACAGGACUAAGGAAAUUCAGGAACAGAAAGAUGCUCUUGCUCAAAAAUUACAGGAGACAGACCUGCGCAACAAGGAGCUGGAGGGGCAGCUGUCUGCCCUGGAGCAGCGUCUUGACAACAGCCAGGUGGAGCAGGAGACCUUCCGCAAGGACCUCAAGACGCUGCUGGAGAUCCUGGACGGGAAGAUCUUCGAGCUGACCGAGCUGCGGGACAACCUGGCCAAGCUCAUCGAGAGCAGCAGCUAGAGCCGACUCCUCAGAGGAGCCAACCCAACCAUCACUCAGAAACGUGGUCACGCCAACACCCAAAAACCAAUGUGUCACUAGGUGCAAGAUUUGACGGAGGUCCUGCCUUUUUUUUUAGAAAUUAUUCGUUUUCUUUUUUUGUGAAGAACUCUCCUCUUCAAAAAGAAUAAUGAUUGCACCAAAUAUGCAGCACUCACAAAACAUAGGAUUAAAUUAGAGUAGAAUUUCCCUGAUGGGCCCUUGCCUUUCUAUCUGUGCCCUUAUACUCUUCUAGACUAUCCAAUCUUAUUUUACCAACUCUUUAUUCAGUCUUCAAACUUUACUCGACCCUUUUUGUGUCUUCUCUUAAUCAAUGCUAUCCAGUCAAUGCACUGUGCUUAAGAGUCUCAUUGGUGUGGGAGAUGAAGGGAAACCAAGCUGCUAUGGAAGCGUAUCAAUGGCUGACUGUGAAGUGGGAACCUCUUCAGUGACAUACAGUAGUUCUCACGAUCCCAGAGCCGUGUGUUGUAGCCAGACUUGAUCGGCUUGCUCUGACCUUGCUGACCUUCAAGAGCUGCCUCGUUGUCCUUUUUUGAAAAGGCUGGAGGGCAAUAAGUCGCCAAUGCAUCGCAACUUCCGGAAGGGUCACCUUUUUUCCAUGAAAUGUGGACGUGAGGUGUAACACAGGCCUGUAUGUUCCGAGCAAUACCAGGUGGGGCCUCAGAUCCAUCGUUUUAGUUUGAGUUGUCAAGUGUUCAGUUCCCGUGGUUACCUGCGCUGGGCCCACACAGGUGCAACUGACUCGUUCAGACGGUUGACAGAAGGUAAAAAACAAUCUUCUUUUUCCCGUUUGUGUUUUUAUAUACAAACUAUAUUUAUACUGGACUUGUGCGGGUGAACCUGAUGUUAUAUCUUUUUGCUGCUCUUGUAAAAGCAGUGGCAACACUGGACUCUGCCAUUUUUGGACUCGCAUCUUAAUAUCAAAUAUCUUGCUCUUGAUUAUAAAAUGUAUUAAUGAAAGGUUCCAUUUGGUUACCUCAAAGUAUUUAUUUUUUAGAAGUACAAUAUUAUGAACUGAAAGAUUUGAACAUUUGUAAUAGCAGUACAUGAGAAUGGAUGUGACUGGAACUGGAUGGUGGAAGACAUUGAUAAAGGUGUAAGUAUCAGAAAUGGAAAAAAAGUUGAUUCAGGAAAUAUAUCUAUGACGUUUACCAAAUACGGUUUCCUGGAAAAUAAAAUGAAGCCAUUAACAAUGUAGAGAUAUCAUAACCCUGCUCUGUUUACUGUUGUUCAAUAUGAGAAAAAAAUAAAUGAAAGCACUUGUGGAUUGUAUUACAA